AGCAGGGUUAUUUGGCGGCACACUCUCGUCAGACGAGUGGGAGCCUAGAGCCACACCGGUCUUGUGUUGGAACACCCGCCUUUCUGCCGAAUUCAGCGAGAUGACAUCUUCAAUGGAGAGCAACAUCUCUGCUCCCUGGAUGGACAGAGCUUGGAUCCAGGAAGUCCUGCGAGACGUGGAGAUCGAUCCAUCCUUGUCAGUCACCGACUGCCACGUGACAGAUGCCAGCAGCAAGGGCGACCACUAUCUCAGCGAGAUGCAAAGAAUCACUGUUCACAUACAACGAACCGGCAACAAAGCAGGCAAGAUGUUCUUGAUUGCAAAGAAGAUUCCGCCAGGAGAAGCAAUGCAGAAAAAACUCGCCGAGUCGUCUGCAUUUCCAAAUGAGAUGAAAGUAUUCAGCCAGAUUUUGCCAAAAUUUGAAGCCAUCCUGGAAAAGGCAGGACGGUUCAAACCAUUCGCAGCUAGGCACAUUUAUUCCCAAUGUGUUUUUCCAUAUUUCUUGAUAGUUAGCGACCUGGCCCCUGAAGGUUACAGGAUGGCAGCGAGACAACGAGGCUUGGAACUCGAUCACUGCUUGCUUGUCAUGAAGGCACUAGCAAGGUUCCAUGCUGCGUCAGUUGCACUGCAUGAAGACAACCCACAGCUUGUGGAAUCCUUCAAAGAAAAUAUAGUUUCAGAAAAAUCUGGAUCUGAUUUCAUACAGAGUUAUUCGCGUUCCUCAAUAGCAUCUCUCGCGAAGAUUGUCAGGCAGUGGCCAGAUGGCGGCGAGAGAAUGUCUACCAAGUUACAAAACGCAGCCGACACAGUCUUCCAAACACUUAAGCAACAACUUUCACCUGAAGGCAACCGCUUGAACGUGUUGAUACACGGCGACCUGUGGACCAACAACAUGCUGUUCAAGUACAACGACGUCACCGGCGGCGUGGAAGACAUCAGGCUGGUGGACUUCCAGCUGGCCAUGUACUCCUCCUGCGCCAUCGACCUGCAGUACUUCAUCCACACGAGUCCGAGAGACGAGGUGCGGGUCGCCCACACAGAGGACAUCCUCCGGGAAUACCACAGAGAGCUGAGCUCCACCCUGCAACUGCUGGGGCAGGCGGACAAGGCCGUCACCUUCCGGGAGCUGUUGGACGAGUACGAGAGGAAAGGCGUUUACGGGUUCUUUAUGUCAGUGUUAGCUCUUCCAGUUCUUACUGCAGAUUCCGAAAAUGCAGCUGACAUGGAGGGAGUUCUGAUCGGGAGGGACCAGUCUGAUUCAAAUGAUAUCCGGGCCAACAACGAAGAAUAUCUUAAAGUAAUGAAGAGGCUUUUGCCUGUGUUCGAAAAGAAAGGCUAUUUCUGAAAAAAAUAAAUUAAAUUAAAAAAAGGUUGUGUUUAAUGUGUAAAAUAGUAAGUAUAAAAAAUAACAUUUUUAGUUCAUUUAUAUUUGCGAUAUGAAUCUGUGACUUACUGACAUGAAUUCUGUAAGAGUAAAAAUUUUUCUGUUCAGUAAAUCAUUGACAAAUUAGCUUACAUGUGUCUCAAACGUAACAUAUUCAUAAGGCUGAUUCAAAAUGUUUGUUACAUUUAAAGUUUUAUAUAUAAAUAAGUACAUCAACAAAUAAGUGAAUUAUUUUUUAAAGUAAUAUAGCUACUAUUACACUAUUUGCACGCAUUUUUGUAUUACAUUCAUCACAAUUAUGGUCUUCAACUUUAUAUUACCAUAUUUAAAAAUGUCUCUUCUAAGUGAAGUGUUAAAUGUUCAUCAAUAAGUUUACAGUUGUAGAUAUUUAUUAUUAUUAUUAUUAUUAAAGUAUGUGUUUACUCGUUUUUAUUUUUACAUAUAAUUUAUAUUAAUUUACUUAGGCCUGAAUUUUCAUAGUAUUUUAUAAUUGUUAGUGUUGUAUUGUAAUCUUUAAUAAUUUAAUAAUAUUAUACAUUCUUGGUU